AUGCAACGAAAGCUCCACUCACGCCAUGUGGUGGCCGCCUACGCUGUGCCGAGGACGUAUGGGGACGUAGGUCCUCGCCGGGAGUCGGCUGGGGGCAGGGGCGUGGAGCCAGCCGUCAUCUUGCAGGACCUCAUGCACAGCCGGCUCGUCGGCAGCAGAGGCGACGGUGUCGAGGGGGAGCUCCAGCAAAGAGCUGGUGAGGGCCCUCUGCGCCACGACAGCGAUGAUGCUGCUCCAGCGAGACACAUGGGUGGCACGCAGAGCCGAGCGAACGGCAGCGUGCGCACGUGCAGCUCGACCAAUCUCAACAGCAAAUACGGACGAGGUGGCAGCGCGGACCCGAGCACCAGCCUCCUGGCAGACACUGGCGGCAGCUCGCUCGAGCGGGAGGGCGCGGGAGGCAAGGCGCAGGCGGAGGAGGAGCACCCGGAGCUCUGCGGAAGGGCUGGUGACUGCGUCGUGCAGGGCACGAGUUUCGGUAGUGUGAAGGAAUUGACGAAAAGGCCUGAAAAGGCUGACAUUUCGCGCCGGCGCCGCGGGUGGGUGGCCGAUGCCACGGUCGUCGACGUUCGUCUCCGCUGUGGUCUGCUGUCGGCGAUUCCGAGGUCAGAGUGGCCUUUUUCAAUGGAGGCUAAAAUCGAUGGAGUGCUCAGCCGCAUGGAGAUUGCGGCAGAGAAGGUAGAGCUUUAUUGCAGCAGUAAAGUGAAGUUGCCGAUGGCCGAGCUUGACUACUUGAAGACACUGGAGGAUGCACGCGACUUCAUGACCAUGAUGGUGACGAAAACCAGUGACAAUCGCCAGCAGCUGGCAGAUAUAUUUGGCGGCGACUGUUCCAGAAUUGCACGGAUACGCACGGUUCUGGAUGGUGUGGUUCUGUCGGACAUGAACUGCAAUGAUCAGCGUGUCAGAACUUGCACCGAGGCUUGCGCUACCAUCGAAAAGGUCUUGGAGGACAUGGGCCUUGGCUGGUGCUUGAAGAAAGCUUGCGAUGAGCAGAAGGCCAACUUAGGUCGUCGACGCAGCAGCCUGGACCGCGAGGCCGCCCUUGCCAUGGCCCAAGCCGCCCAAGCCGCAGCCCAAACUCAGCAGGCCGAGGUAGCACCCGUCGCGGAGGAGCCCGCGGCAAAGGCCUCAAAAGCUGCGGACCAAUGGGCCCAGUAUAUUGACGAGGACUUUGUGAAGCGGGUGCUGGCGUGCACCGAAGCUACGGAACUCCAUGACCUCGAGAAAGAGGCGGUGGCCUGCAAGUCAUCCAAAAUCGGUAACUGGAUGAUAUGGAUGGUGCACAGGGCACAUCUGGACGACGAGACCUUGGUCAAAUUCGACUUCACGAACCUGAAGAUGCCGGAAGGGAACGUGGAAGCGCUGAUUUCUCCAAAGCUGGCCGUGGCCAUGGAGAGCAACACGCACAUCGAGCAGUUGCUCCUGGGUUGCAGCAACUUGCAAGACCCCGAAGCGGCCAUCCUGGCAGUGUCGCUGCGCUCCAACAGCUCGUUAAAGGACGUCUACUGUAUAGGUCCUGAGCAGGUGGAUCUUGCAGAGUGGGUCUUGAACAUCGACACCAAUGCCAUCCAACCCCUCACCCUGGAGUCCAUCGCAAAGGGCACCAGUGUCAACCAAGCUUUGCAGGAGUUGCGUUGCAACAACACGGCCAGCGGGAGGCUGGUCACCGAGGCUUUUCUCCACGCCCUGAAGUCCAACCCCAUGAUGUGCAAGCUCGGCUAUCCCGUGACGGAUGCCUACUUCCGCGGCGAGAUUGACAAGCAGCUCACCCGCAACAACGACGCCGCCCGAAAGCGGCGCCUGGAGGAAAAGCGCCGCAAAGAGGCGGAGGCGGAGGCACUCGGCGAGAGCCCGAGCCAUCAGAGCUCGAGUGCUAAGGCGUACCCGAAGGUGAGUGCCAAGGCCAAUGGUAGUUGGCCUCCCAAGGCACCCGCCGUUUCUGAGGAUGUGGCGAAGGAGACGCCGCAGCCCGAGGCCAAGCCCGAGGUCGCGGUUCAGGCGACGGCAGCCUUGACGGAGACGGGAGCAGAGAAGGAUGUCGACCCAGAGUCAAGUCCCAAAGCCGAGCCCGAGAAGGCCAAGCCUCUGACUGCUUCGGAAACGGGCAAAGCGGAGAAGGAGAUAGAGACGUGCCGGGAGGAAACGGAAGCCGAGAGUCUCCACGACAGCUCUGAGCCUAAGAAAACUACCCAGACCAUCGAAUCCUUUCUCGCUGAGCCCUUGGAUGCGCUUCCGGGCAUGGUCGCUGGCAUGGAAGGCGUUUCUGCAAAGGCCGACUUUCGUGGCUACCUCUACAAGAAAAGCCCGGCCACUCUGCGGAUGAAGGCCUGGGACUGGAGGUUUUUCGUGAUCCAUGGCCGUCGGCUGCUGUGGUGGAGGAGAGAUCGAGAUGUUCCGGAGACCCCGGAAGACUUGAUGCAUCCUGACCCAAGUGGGUGUAAAGGCUUCAUCGACUUUGCUCUGAGUCGUGCCCGAGUUGUACCAGAUGAAAAGAACCCCACGCUGUUCACAUUGGAGGCGGUCGAUGGUGCUUGGAAGGACGGCUCCCUCAAGGACAUGAGCGAUGCACAGCGGACGUUUGAGUGGCCUCCUCAGUUCACCGUGCUGCCCUUGCUUCAGAAGAGAGAUGUGCUUCCGACUAGGUUUGAUUGCAAGAGUCCGAUCCAGGCUCAGCAACUCGAAGUAGAAGUGGAGCGUGCAUAUCAGUCCUCCUGCAUAGGGCAACGGCCCAAGUUCAAGCCACCUACGUACGGGGCGAUCGAGCAGUGCAACGUCGCCAAGGUCACCGACAUGUCUCGCAUGUUCGAAAAUGCCUUUGCCUUCAACCAACCCAUCGGUUCGUGGGACACGUCUCAUGUCGCGACCAUGAGCAGCAUGUUCAGCCUUGCAGAGGCCUUCAACCAACCGAUUGGUUCGUGGGACACGUCUUACGUCACGAACAUGCAAUACAUGUUCUCCGGUGCAAAGGCAUUCAACCAGCCGAUUGGUUCGUGGGACAGGUCUCACGUCAUGGACAUGAGCAGCAUGUUCGAAAACGCUUUUGCCUUCAACCAACCCAUUGGUUCGUGGGACACGUCUCAUGUCGCGACCAUGAGCAGCAUGUUCUACGACGCCAUUGACUUCAACCAGCCCAUUGGUUCGUGGGACACAUCUCAAGUAACGGACAUGCGCCACAUGUUCCGUGAUGCACAUGCCUUCAACCAGCCGAUUGAGUCGUGGAACACGUUUCAGGUGACGGACAUGUACGAAAUGUUCCUCGAUGCCUUUGCCUUCAACUGGCCGAUUGAGUCGUGGAACACGUCUCAGGAGAGAUACUCGAAGAAUGGAGCUACGUGCCUCUCUUGCCCCCUUUUCUUCAUUCCGUUUGGCGACGGCUGCGUCUGGUGGCACCUCCCGGUGCUUGGAGGUGUUGUUGUGGCUGCUGUGGUGCUCUUCUGUCGGAAGCCGUCCCC